CAGAUCAAUUUAAAAUUAAUCCUCGUCUCUGGGAAGACGAAAGAGUUUCUAUUCUACCCGAGUGAUUGCGUCGGAGUCAUUACACAACACGUCUACGAAAACUGGCCUUCUGGCUGGUCAGACGAAGUGUUACCUCCGCGCAACAUACUUCGCCUCAUAUAUCAGGGAAGGUUCUUACAUGGGAAUGUAACAUUAGGAGCUCUCCAUUUACAUCCUGGUUCAACGACCGUCAUGCACCUGGUCAUGCGAGAACAGUUGCCAGAGCCGAACUACCAAGGUUUGGUUUGA